CGAGGCAGAAGCAGGUGAAAAGGAUGGCCGGCUUCCUAUAGAUGGAAAUGAUGCUGAUCGCGGGUCACGGUGACCCCUCGCGGGUUAUGCAAGAGCUGCUGGGUGCUAUGAAGGAUCACACAGCGACAGGUGCUUGCGUGAUCCUGCAUGCUUACGGUGCCCCUCGGAGUGCAAGUCAGGUGCCUUAUACAUAUUAAUGAGCAUGCUAAUGAGCCCACUGGCUGUUUCGCCUAACGAAGCCGUGAACGAAACCAGACGAUUCAGACCACGGACUGCCGGUCUGUCAGGGCGGAUCCCACGAGUGCUCUUCUGCUAUAUGUCAGUCUGGACACCAGAACGCUGAACCCAUGUCUUCUUCGGUGUCCCCUCGCUUGUUCUCACGGAAAGAAGUGGACCGGCAUCACACCAAAGACUCCUGUUGGGUCCUUCUAGGGAACCGAGUCUAUGAUGUGACGGGAUUCCUCCGAAGGCACCCGGGUGGCGAGGCUCUUAUCCUGCGCCGCUCGGGGAGCGACAUCAGCCAAGAGAUUGAGGGACCCCCGCAUCGGCACUCGGCGAACGCACGGCGCUGGAUGGAGCAAUACUACAUCGGGGAGCUGGACAAGGACAGCGUCCGGGACACGCAGGUAAGGGGGAGGAGGAAGCCCCAGGAGCACACAGAUGAGAAGGAGGAGCAGGAGGAGCCUUCAGCCACCAGCCGCUGCAGCAAAGUCGACUUUGAAACGGACUUGGUAGACUGGCACAAGCCCCUGGCGUGGCAGGUUGGGCAUCUGCGUGAAAAGUAUGACACAUGGGUGCAUCAGCCCGUGGACCGACCCAUCCGGCUUUUCCAGUCUGAAUUUUUGGAGGCCAGCACCAAGACUUCCUGGUACAUGGUCCCAGUUGUGUGGAUGCCCCUGGUGUUAUAUUUGAGCUGGUACUGCUAUACCACCUUAGCACAGGAAAAAACCAGACUGUUCAUCACCAAAAAUUACUCAGUCAUGGUGCACAAGUACACCUUCCCUCUGAUCUUCCUAUUUGGUAUGUUCGUGUGGUCCUUCAUUGAGUACUGCAUCCAUCGCUUCGUAUUUCACAUGCGCCCUCCGGCCCACAACUAUUACCUCAUCACCCUGCACUUCCUGUUGCACGGGCAGCAUCACAAGUCUCCGUUCGAUGGCUCCCGCCUGGUGUUCCCCCCCGGCCUGGCCUCACCUGUCAUCGGCGCCUUCUACCUGCUCAUGCAGGCUGUCUUCCCUUAUGGCCUGGGCCUGUCCAUGUUCGUGGGGGGACUGUGCGGUUACGUGGUGUAUGAUAUGAUCCAUUACUACCUGCACUAUGGUGCUCCCCAGAAGGGCUCCUACAUGUACGGCCUGAAAGUCUACCACGUCAAGCACCACUUUGAGCACCAGCGAGCAGGUUUUGGAAUCACCACCACUUUCUGGGAUCGCCCCUUCAAAACCUUAAUUCCGGAUGAGUCCUUUGAUGGCACCCACUGACUGGGGGGCAGUGCACACACCUCCUCCUGUCACCCGAUCUUGACCCUUGCCCAAUCCCCAGCCCUGCUCUCUAUAUGGCUCCACCCCAUCCCACCCCUGGCCCCGCCCCCUAUAGCCCC